CAUGAGCGAUGAGCCACCACUGCAGACCAGCCUCACGGAGAACGCCACAGAUGUACCGGUGGCCUCAGCUAGGCAGGAGAACUAUGCGCUGCUGUUGGUGAUGCUGUCUAUGUUUGCUGGAGGAACACUGGUCCUGCUCUCUGUCCUCCUCAUCUGCUGCCAUCGCUGCUGUCAGAGUGGACGCCGUUACUCCAGAGCGAGUGAUGAUCUGGAGAAAACCAACACCACAUAUGUGGAGGAAAGUCAGCCUACUCAAGAUAUUACCAUCAGGAUGGAGAGUGCAGACACUCUGGCCUCCUCCAGCUGUCACGGUGAAGCAGACACAGAACGAUUCCAGUCCGCGGUGUACACGGGCCGGCGUGUUUCCUUCAACGAGGCGGCUAUGUACGAGCAGAACAAGAAGGACCAGGAAAAAGGUCGAAGGUAUACUCUUACAGAGGGUGACUUCCACCAUCUGAAAAAGGCUCGUUUGACCCACCUACACAUCCCCACUCCAGCGCUAAACAUCCUGACCAUCAUGGAGUGUGAUUCACCAAAGAAUAGCAUCACCCUGCGAGAACAGCAUCACAAACCUUCCAUUUCUAUAUUUCAGACUGGUGAGAGUACCCCACCUGAGAACCCAAGUUGUGCACUGCCUGGAGACACGCUAAACUCUGUACUAGACACCAGUUUUUCUUCCAUAACUUGUGAAGGCAGCUCUGAAACACCAAGAUCAAGGACAAUGGACGGGAUGGGAAGUGCUGGUUUAAGGAUGGAGGGUGACCAUGUGUUCAGCCCAGCAGCAGAACCACAUGAAACAGCUAUAGGAGUAGGUGGCUCGUCUUCAGGGCAGGGCAGCAUGCUUCACUUUUUGUCCCGACUGAGGCGCCAUGCAAGUCUGGAAGGAGCCAGCCCGUACUUUACCAUCAAAAAGUGGAAGUUACAUAGCAGGAACAGAGCAGCCAGUCUGGACAUGAGAGGUUCUCCUAGGAGGAGAGCAUUUCAGAGGCAAAGGGCAGCAAGUGAGACUCUAGAUCAGGCGGAGGAGGAUUCCCAGCAGCAAGUGGCAAACGGAGGAAGGGAUUUUUUGUUGUGUGCCCUUUCCAAUCACCCAAACACUGAACCCCCAAGACGACUCUCAGCCAGAUCCUUGGAAACAUCAAGUGUAAGCUGUUCGAUGCCGCCAGCCCCACUCAGCAGAUUAGAGGUGAAGGCUGUUUUGGAGGUCAACCCUGGAGCUGAAGACAGCCGGGCUCAAAUAGAACAAAAGAUCCCGCAGUCCAUUAGGUCUCAGGUGAAAAAUGAAGUAGAAGAAAAUGGGGAGAAUAAUGAGCACAUAUUAGGAGCAACAGGAGGUGAAGGCAUUAGCCAUGAAGGAACUUUGGAGUUUGGUUUGAUGACAAGACAGGAGAGCCUAGAUCAUCCCAACAUGUACCGGGACAUCUGGAACCUACGUGCAUCACUGGAACAGUAUGCGUCCUCAGACCUUAGCAGCAAUGACAGAGACUCCACACGUAGUGAUGCUGACAGUGUCUCUUCGCUAGGAGGCCCUGGUGCCUCUAGAACAGGCUUGACAAGUUACCAAUCACAAGACAUCGAUGAUGACAUUGACGAGGAUAACGAGCUGCCAUAUGAUGACGUGAUUAGAGAAGGAAGUAGUAGGCGGAAUGGCAGGAAUAGCGUGGAUUCGGAGAGAGGCGCCGACAGUGAAGCUGGAAGCCGGAAGCUUCUGCAGAUGGACAGCGGCUACGCUUCCAUCGAGGCUCCAUGCAAGGCACCUGAGGAACUGCGCCUGUUUGGGAGCAAUCCUGGUAAGACAGCAUCAGAACGUCGUCGAUUCUUCACUAAUUCUGGCCGGAAGGAGACGGUCUGUGAGAGUUUUGAGACUCGGCUGUUUAAAGAGGAGUUGGAAGAAGAGGCAUCGGAAGGCAGCAUUAGCACAGAGUCAGAGGCUCCUUCUACUGUACCACAAAGUGAACCAAGCACCUUAGUCAGAGACACGCCCGAACUACAGGCUCAAACCAAAGCCAGGAAACACUUCCGUCGCAGAGACUACAGCAUUGAUGAAAGGACAGAGGCACUUUUUAAUGAAUUCCUACGUCACGAUCCUCAGUUUGAUCAGCAAAGUUCACCUUUGCUGCGCCACCGGCAUCGCUCACGGAUUCACCUGCGCAAGCAGUGGCAACGCACCAAGCAGUACAGCGACCCUGGAGGUGCACGAUACUCCCUGGAGCGACAGCGUAGCUACACUUUGCGGAGGGGUGACAGUGCCAAUUACCCACUGGAUACACGAUACCACAGUACCCUUCCACGUAUUGCUAGUGCUGCAGACGAGGAGGUCAGCGAGGGAGCAACCAAUGAAAGCACAGAAUCACCAGAAGAACAAGGCUCUGGUCCGGCACCUGAGGACAACUCAAACAACAGCAGUAACAAUACUAGUCCUCGACUUAAGUCAGCAAUAGAGGGGCAUCCCAUCAUGCUGUUUUCUACCCCUUCACAAGACAAUGCCAUGGAUAGUUUUGGGAUACUGGAAGACUGUGGUACUGCUACAGGACAUAGCCAAUGGCACACACAUAUGGAUGCUGACAUUCAGAAUCCAGAAAAUAUAUAUCACUUCGAGAAGGACACUAUAGACAAAAACUACAUGCAUAGUGUAGUGGACACCAGCCCAUCAAAUAAACUGGUAAGCAAUCUAGAUGAUUGGCUGUACACCAGCCUGAGGAAGACUCAAAGCAGUCAGGAGUGCAUGGUAUCCGUGACCCACGUCUCUCCAGAUCAUAACCAGGACUAAUAGCCUGAUGAACAACAGUAAUCUGACUGAGAUGAGUAGACGGUCUAGAUUAGCAGGAAACCCCAGAGUAUGGAAGAGACUGUGGAAGAGGUGAAUCAUGUUUAUCUGUAAGGUUAAAGUAUGAAAGCAAGCCAAUUCCCUCUCCCAUAAUCUCAGAGGUCCUCAUUAUUAAUGCAUGUGUUGUAUCGACAGUCACUCUGUUUUUUAAUGCAGGGUUGACAGGGCAUGCUAUUGUCUCAAACUAGAGAAGAUAUAGUAGAGAUUAAUAUGCAGACAAUUACAUUUAAAAGGUAGUGUGUACAUUUUUU